AUGAUGCAGAGCGCAGCUGUCCCCGCGGAGGGGGCUGUCAAGGGGCUCCCGGAGAUGCUUGGUGUGCCGAUGCAACAGAUUCCUCAGUGUGCUGGCUGCAACCAGCACAUCCUGGACAAGUUCAUCCUGAAGGUCCUGGACAGACACUGGCACAGCUCUUGCCUCAAGUGUGCAGACUGCCAGAUGCAGCUGGCAGACAGAUGCUUCUCCAGAGCUGGGAGCGUCUACUGCAAGGAAGACUUCUUCAAGCGCUUCGGCACAAAAUGCACGGCCUGCCAGCAGGGCAUCCCCCCGACCCAGGUGGUGCGCAAGGCCCAGGACUUUGUCUACCACCUGCACUGCUUCGCCUGCAUCAUCUGCAACCGGCAGCUGGCCACCGGGGAUGAGUUCUACCUCAUGGAGGACGGGCGGCUGGUGUGCAAGGAGGACUACGAGACGGCCAAGCAGAAUGAUGACUCUGAGGCCGGAGCGAAGCGGCCCCGGACCACCAUCACGGCCAAACAGCUGGAGACAUUAAAGAAUGCCUACAAGAACUCCCCCAAGCCUGCCCGGCACGUGAGGGAGCAGCUGUCCUCGGAGACCGGCCUGGACAUGAGGGUCGUACAGGUGUGGUUUCAGAACCGCAGGGCCAAGGAGAAGCGGCUGAAGAAGGACGCGGGGCGGCACCGCUGGGGGCAGUUCUAUAAGAGCGUCAAGAGGAGCCGGGGAGGCGGCAAGCAGGAGAAGGAGAGUUCUGCCGAGGACUGUGGGGUUAGUGACAGUGAGCUGAGCUUCCGAGAGGAUCAGAUUCUCUCAGAACUUGGCCACACCAAUAGGAUUUAUGGCACCGUGGGGGACGUUACAGGCGGACAGUUAAUGAAUGGGAGCUUCUCCAUGGACGGGACGGGACAAUCCUAUCAGGACUUGAGGGAUGGGAGCCCCUAUGGGAUCCCCCAGUCUCCAUCCUCCAUAUCGUCCCUGCCAUCCCACGCUCCUUUGCUCAAUGGGCUGGAUUACACGGUGGACAGUAAUUUGGGCAUCAUUGCGCAUGCAGGGCAGGGAGUGAGCCAGACGCUGAGAGCCAUGGCUGGGGGACCCACCUCUGACAUCUCCACAGGAAGCAGUGUAGGCUACCCCGACUUUCCAACUAGCCCCGCCUCUUGGCUCGAUGAAAUGGAUCAUCCUCCUUUUUAAACAUCUCUCCUCCCCACCCUACCCGUCCCGGCUUGAGAGAAUAUCUUCAAGGAUCAAAAGAGACUUGCCUUUUAAGGAACAAAAGUGCGCCAAUGUGAAUUUCCAUUAUUUUCAAUGGAAGUCCUCCGCUGGUCCCUAGGUGGUCGAGGGACCAUGCUAGGGCACUGUUGUCCCGGGGAAGUAGUGGGAAGACAGCCUCGUCAGGACACCGCACAGGGGCGCACAGCCUAGAGCGCUAAGGUGCUGCUUGGUGGCUUCCUCCCCUGCGCCCCCCCCUCCCCGCUUACAGGCUUUGGCUGCUCAGUGCUUGGUAGCACAAGGUGACUGUCAGGCAACCUUGGCCUUUGGGAACUCUGCUCCGACGGGCGUGUCUCGUGAGAUGCUUCCCGCACCACUGCUCUCACCAGAACUGAGAUUCUUGAGACAGAGGCAUCACAGCCCUUGAAUAUAAUAAAAGUGAUUUCUGGACCACUCUACUGAACUCUGAUUUUGAAAAUAAAAAGUCACUUAUUAAAGGUCAGUGAAAACUUU